UACAUUUUAAUUAAUUUCUUAGUGAAAACUUAUUAAAAAUUAUACAAAAGAUUAUUUAUCAGGUGGAUAAAUGCAUUAUUAAAGGAAUUCGUUUAAAAGUUCAGUGAAAAUUAACAAAAAAUCGUUAUUAAAAAUCUUAAUAAGUUUGUGCAAGAAAAAAAAGGAAAAAAAUUAACGCCAUAUAAAAUCGAUGAAUGGAGAGAUUAAAUGAAAAGCAAAAAUAUACCUCAUUUCUUCUGCAUUAGUUAAACAGAUAUAUUUGUUCUUCAAAACAGAAAAAAAUAAUAAUUUCUUCCAAGAUAAAAGAUAGAUAACACCUUAACAAUAUUUUUGUAAAAUUAGUAUCAUAUGUACGAUGAUAGGAUUGUUUGGAACAUUACUCAUAUCUCUAUAUGUAUGUGUAUGAAUACAUUUUUACCCGCAGCUAAUGAAGUGAAAUCACAAGUUUACUCAAAUGUUUCGUUAAAAACUCUCAUCAGUGUAUUCUGAGACUUCAUUGUGUAAAGUCGAUGAGAUUUAUGAUGCCUAAAAAGUAAAUAAUGUUGGUGAUUUAUGUGUGAAAUCGAUGCCUAAAAUAUAAAGUAACGCAAAAAAAAUAUAAUAAAUCGCGAUUUAGAAAAAAAAAACAGAAGUUAUGAAAAAAGAUGUGAUAAAAUGAAAAAUGAAUUAUAAUGUCAUUGUUAGAGACAAAUCUCACAAAAAUCUAUUCAAAUGCAGAGAAUAAUGCUGUGAAUUAAAGUUUACUAACAUAUUCAAAAGGAAGAAUAAGAAGCAUACAAAAACAAGAAGUGAGAGAAAAGUUGAAGGCACCAAUCGAAAACAAAAAUAGUGAAAACAUGAAAACAAGGAUUUGUCAAAGAAACCUCAAACAUUUUGGAUUAUUAGUUCUCACAUCAUUACUAGUAUUACUAUUUUUUAUAACAAAAUGUGAUGCAAGUCAAGUACUGGAGUUCACAUUAGAGCCGUCAGAUACAGUUGUGCCUGAAGGAAGUUCGGUUUUACUGCAGUGCGCAGGCAAAACUAGCAAGAAAAUUAGUCAUAGUAAGGAUGAGAAGUUGAUACCUAAUAUAAGGUGGCGAGGUCCAGAUAGGCAAGAUAUUGGGAUCGAUACAUUUAUAACCCAACUGAAAAAUGGAUCAUUAUAUAUAAGUUCUGUAAAUGAAAAUCGUGGUCUCACUGGCAAUUAUCAGUGCUUGCUGAGCGUAGACGGGUUAGGAACAAUUGUCAGUAGAACAGCUCGUUUAUCAAUAGCUUCACAACCUGAAGUGAAUCAAGAAUCGAAUGAAGUCUAUCUUGAUCUCGGCAAUAUAGCUUAUAUAAAAUGCAUGACUAGUCAAACGUUGAUGAAUAUCAAUGACAAAAAUUUCAAAGUACAAUGGUUUAAGGAUGAUGUACCAUUUAAAAUUGAUAGUACUCGAAUGUCAAUUCUUCCCACGGCGUCACUAGAAAUUGAUGAAAUUACUUUUGAUGAUCGUGGAACAUAUCAAUGCAAUGUUUCGUAUGAAAGUUAUUCACGUGCGAGUAGUAAAACAAAUUUAAACGUAAAAUCACCUUCUGGAAAUCCUGUAGCAUUUGCAGCUCCAAGCUUUGUUAUUCGUCCUGUGACACAGACUGUGAAAGAGGGUGAACAAGUAAUAUUGGAGUGUGCAGCUAAUGGAAAUCCUAAACCUAAAGUCAUAUGGCUUCGGAAUGGCAUAGAUAUUGAUUUUAAUGAUUUGGAUUCAAGAUUUAGAAUGAUUGGAACAGGCUCAUUACAAAUUGCUUCUGUUGAAGAUAAUGAUAGUGGUGAUUAUCAAUGUCGUGCUAGCAACUCGGUCGAUUCAAUGGACGCAAUUGCAACGUUAAAUGUUCAAAUUCCACCUAAAUUCGUUCAAGAACCGCAAGAUAAAGUCGCAAAUGAAAAGGAUGAAUUAGAGCUUGCAUGUUUAAUCUAUGGUAAACCGACACCAACAAUUCAGUGGUUGAAAAAUGGAGACUUGAUAACACCAAACGAUUACAUGCAAAUUUCUGGAGGGCAUAAUUUAAAAAUUCUUGGUCUAAUAAGUUCCGACUCAGGGAUGUUUCAAUGUAUUGGAACAAAUUCUGCUGGUAGUGUUCAAGCAUCAGCGUAUUUAGAAGUCCUUCAAAUAGGAUCUAAAAAGCAGAAAAAUAAGAAAUUUACAUCUACAACCUCAACGACAACGAAAAAACCCACUAAGCCUGAUUUGAAAAGCAUGAUUAAAAUUUCAAAAAACUCUAAUGAACCUGACUCAUUAUUGCAAAAAUCUAGUAGCAAUAAGAAUUUAUCUAAACAAGCUCUUGAUAGUCUUUUGUCAAGAAAUAAAAAUUCACAAUUUUCGCCGAGUAAAUUUCAAGAUUCAAAUGAUUAUCUAGAAAGAUUGAAUGACAAUCAACAAUCAGAUGUUGUGGAUGACGAAUAUGACGACGAUGAAGAAGGUUCAAUUCAUCCGAUUGAUAUUGACACAGAUCCAAAUAAACUUUUGCAUGCACUGACAAAUCCUAACAGAAAUCACGAUUCUGAUAUUUCUCAUUUCUCUAAUUCGCAAAUGAAAAUUGUCACUCGAAAACCACCGUUCCUUCAAACUGUAGAAGACAAUAAACAUAUUUCAGUACCAUUGCCGGGUCCACCAAGAGCAGUUCAAGCCCAAAUUAUUAAGCCUCGUUUUGUUACUCUCAACUGGUUAGAGCCGGUAAAAAAUCCAGAUGAAGUUGUAUCCUAUACUGUUUACUACAAAAUGAAUGCACCUGAUGCAAGAGAACGAAAAAUUAAAACAAACUCACGCGACGAGCAAGAAGCUAACAUUCAGUCAUUACUGCCAGGAAAAACGUAUCAUUUUCGAGUUGUUGCUAAUAGUAAUCAUGGCCCAGGAGAGUCAUCAGAAAUUUUGGAGAUUUCAACACAGUCCGAAGAAAAUAUGGCUGGACCACCAGAAAAUUUUAAAGGAGCUGCAUUCUCACAUGAUGAAAUAUUUUUACAAUGGGAUCCACCACACGAAACAAAUGGCCUGAUUUCAAACUAUCGAGUCUAUUUUGCAGAGGGUGAAAAUGGAGAAGAUCAAUUUUAUGAUACGAAAUCAAAUGAGUUCAUGCUCACUCAGCUACGUAGUUAUUGCGAAUAUACAAUAUCGGUAGUAGCUUUCAAUCAAAAUGGGAUGGGCAAUCCUUCACAAGAAAUAUUAGUAAAAACAUUCUCGAACACACCUUCUGAAGAACCAUCGAAUAUUACAGUAGAAGCAACGAGUUCAACCUCGAUUAGUAUACGAUGGGAAGCACCACCUCCUGAGCAUAGAAAUGGUCCGAUUACAGGAUAUAAAAUGAAAUAUAGAAAGGUUAAAAAGUCGGGCAUACAGACGGAAACAACCCCCGGAAAUGUGAGAUUUUAUGAAUUAACAAAUCUGGAAAAAAUGUCUGCAUAUCAGAUUAAAAUAGCAGCAAUGACAAUUAAUGGAACGGGGCCAUUUAGUGAUUGGAUAAAUGUUGAAACAUAUGCAAAUGAUUUAGAUGAAACUCAAGUUCCUGGUGAACCAGGAUGGAUUCGAACAAAACCGGCUGCAAAUAGCAUCAUUGUAUCUUGGGGCCCUCCAGUUCAACAAGAUGUAAAAGUUAGAGCAUACAUUUUAGGAUGGGGAAAAGGAAUUCCAGAUGAAGCUACACACGAAUUAGAUGAAAAUAGUCGAGCAUUUGAAAUUCGAGAUUUAGAAGCAAACAGUGAAUAUGUGAUAGCAUUAAGAGCACGUAAUAAUGUAGGAGACGGGCCACCGAAAUAUGAUACGACUAGAACACGAGAAGAUUUAAUCAACGAGCCAUCACAGCCAUUGGAAGUUCCAGUAGGCUUACGAGCGAUUCCAAUGAGUGGAUCAACAAUUGUUGUAUAUUGGACAGAUACAACUUUAGGAAAGAGUCAACAUGUUACCGAUAAUCGUUAUUAUACAGUCAGAUAUAGUUCAACAGGAUCGACCCGUUAUCGAUAUCACAAUACAACAGACUUGAAUUGUAUGAUUCUUGAACUUAAGCCAAAUACUCAAUACGAAUUUGAAGUGAAAGUAGUGAAAGGAAGGCGUGAAUCUUCAUGGUCUAUGUCUGUACUUAAUACAACGCUUCCAGCUUCUCCAGCAUUGCCACCGAGGGACUUAAAAGUGACACUUUUAGAUGACAAAUCACCUCUAAGUGUUCACUUAUCAUGGACUCCACCAAAACAUUCACAACCUAUAACAAAUUAUGUUAUUUUGUAUACAACAGAUUCUGAGAAACGUGAUCGUGAAUGGAGUUAUGAAAAUGUUCCGACAGACAAAACGUCUGUAAUUAUAAAUCAAUUAACACCACAUACAACCUACUUUUUUAAAGUGCAAUCAAAACAUGGAAAGAUUUUAGGGCCAUUUUCAGCAAUGGUUUCUGUACGAACUGGUGCACAAGCAAUGAUUUCAAAUGAAGCUAUUCCUGCCUCGAAUAUUUUACUCACAACUGAAAUUUUCUAUGCACUAAUUGGUGGAAUAAUUUUACUAGUAUUCAUUAUCGUUGUAGUUGUUGCAAUGAUAUUUUGCCGACGAAAGCCGCAAGAAACUCCCGAGCAUAAAAAAAGUUACCAGAAAAAUCAAGCAGGACAAAUUAAACCACCUGAUUUAUGGAUACAUCAUGAUCAAAUGGAGUUGAAAAAUAUAGAAAAAACUACUUUACAUCCAACAACGCCCGGUUGCAGUGAUGGUGCGUCUAGUAGUGGAGCAAUGACUUUGCCACGAUCUGUUGGUCAUGACUUUGAAACAGAUACACAGUUCCCCGCUCAUGUUACAAACUCAUUAGAUAAGCGAACUUAUGUUGCAGGCUAUAUGACGAACUCAAUGAGUUCAUCAGCAUCAGACCGUCCACAAUAUCCAAGAACUCAAUAUAAUAUUCAACGACCUCCACACAUUUCCACAAUGGAUCCUUCUCUUUCACAACAAAACAUCCAAGGAGGCUCAAUGAUUCAUUCUCCUGAAAAUCCAUAUGCAUAUGAUAUAGUCCCACCAAAUUAUAGCAAUCCAAACAUGGCAUUUCCUGGAAUUCCUGUAGAAGUUGCAAAACAUAGAGGUCAUCCAUUAAAAAGUUUCAGCAUUCCAGCACCACCAUCAAAUACUCCACUUAUUCCAAACUCUAAACCAGUUCCUUCAGUAACAAUAAGACCACAAAACUCAUCCCCAUAUAAAAAAUCAGCAACAACGACACCAUCAUCAUCGAAUAGACUUCAAACAGGUUUGCUAGUGCCACAUUCCUCUGAUGAGAUUCAAGCACUUCGGCCUUCAACAUCGACCGAAGAAUUAAAUCAAGAAAUGGCGAAUUUGGAAGGCUUAAUGAAAGAUCUCAGUGCAAUUACAGCAAGUGAAUUUGAAUGUUAGAAUUGUGAGAGAGCUCAGCUCUAAAUGUAAAACUAAAGUAAAAUUAAAAAGUGUCUGUCUCUCUGUCUCUUUCUCACUCCUCAAAAUUGAUUUUUUUUUCUUUAAUAAGAAGAAGCACGAGGAGAAGAAAAUGUACCAUGUACAAUAUGUAUCGUAUGAAUGAAUGAACAGAAAUGAUUAUUACUUUAUAAAGAUAAUUUAUGUACUUUUGUGUUAUAAAUAUUACAUACAUAAUAUAAUAUGUAUUUAUUCGAGGAGAAAAGUGUCUAAUCCCAAAAAAAAGAAAUUAAUUAAAAUAUGUACUGACUUUGAGUAAAAAUGCAUUUUUAGAUUGUAAAAAAAAUAAUAAAACACAACCGAAGAAACCCCAAAAAGGAAUAAGAAAAGAAAAAAAAAAUGGGAUCGAAUAAUUUUAGAACAAACUUUUUUAAUAACACCAUCCAUUACAAUUUAAACGAUGAAAACCGUUACAUCACUUUUAUAUGUGCAUUUAACUUCAAUUUUUUUCAUUAUUAUCUAAUUUAAAGAAAAAGUGAACAAUGAAGAAUGACUAUUUUUAGUGUAGACAAGUCAGAAACCUUUGUACCAAUAUUAAAAAAAUAUGAGAACUGAAAUUGAUGUGUUCUGUAUGAUCAAGCUAAACAGGAACCAUUUAAAUGCAUCCAUAUGAAUGUAAAUAACGCAUCCAUUAAUCACAUAAACAAUUUCAAUUUAACAACAGUAAAGUAUUGAGCAUUGCAAAGCUUCUGAGUCUGCGGUUGACCUUUUCUGUUUUCAAAAAAUGGUUGACUCUACUUUAUAGCAUAAAAUUUCUGUGCUGAUCAUAUUCAAUGUCAGUUCCAUAUAAGCUGUAAAUAAAUAAUUAAGUGAAAAUAAUCAAAACAUAAACACCGAUAUUGAAAAAUGUACGCCCUAGAAUUGGAGAUAGUUGAAAUUUUCAUGGAUAUUCGCUAGGAUUUUUAAGAAAUCGAUUAAAACGAUGAAAAUCGUAAUUUUCAUUUUAAGUUCUUUUACAUGAAAUUGUGAUUUUUAAUAAGAAAAUAAGAUAGCUUAAUUUAUUAAAAAAAAACUAAUUUACAGACAUGAAAUCAAAAAGAAUUUUAUUCUCUUAUAUUUUUUUUGCUUUUUUCAUACAAUGCUUAGUUUAAGACUUACUUUCCAUUCAACCAAAUUUGCCAAUACAAAAAAAAAACCUUUUAAAAUUUAAUUUUAGUGCCAUUACAUUCUGUUCUAAGUCUAAUAAAUUUCAUCUUUAAUAUGUCAUACGAUUUAAAAACUUUUCCUUCUUCUUCUAUCAACUUUACAGAUUCAUAAAGAGCCUAUAUGUCAUUAAUAAAAUUAAAAUGAUUUUUUAUGAAAGCAAAAAAAAAGAACAAAUAAAAAUUUUUUAAAACGAAAAAAGUCAAAUUUGUUAUCUUAAUUAUGUUUUUCUUAAACUUAGAAAUGAUACUUAAUUGCUAGUGAUGAUUUUUUCAGAAUGGACCUUGAAUAAUAUUCGAACGAAGAAACUCAUGGACGGUGUCAAGAACUUCAAUUUUCUGCAUAUUUGUAAAUAAAAGCUUUAACAGUUCUUGCAUUUCCUUUUGAUCAUUUAUAAUCUCAUGUGUAGCUGCUUUCUUAAUUAGGUGAUGCAUUAUUGCUCGAUUCAUUCUAUUGACCUCAAAAUCAAUAUCGUCAUCGUCACAAACAUUAACUUUGUGAAUUAAAUAAUUUAUAAUACUUGGAAGAGUAAGUUUUUGGCAGACUGUUGACACUGAAUUUUCUUGGAUAGAAUGUGAUAAAAAAUCUUUCGAAUGUUUCUCAGAAAGUGUUUCAAGCACUUUGUGUUUAAUUCUAUCAUUUAGUUUCAUCAUUUUCGACAGAUGAUUGAUAACGUUUGAGGUUUUAUCGAGUUGUUCAGCUGUCAUUUUGGUGUGUUUUGGAUCUUGUGUCGGCAGAAAUUCGUUCAAUAUUUCAUUUUCAUCAACCUUUGUCAAUACACAUUGAAUAAACUCUUUACGUUUAUGUGAUUCAUCAUGAUUCUCUAAAAGCUUCUCAAAAAUCUCAUUGAAUGUAAAAUUUUUUGCAACAUAAUCCAUUAAAUCAUCCUUAUCCUUAAAACUAAGUGUUUUAUCAUCCUCAAAUAUUUGUUGCUCGGUAAUGUCCUCGUUAAUAUCCUCCGAUGAUGUUGUAAUGUCAGUGUUUUGGGGAUCUUCAUCGUAAUCAUGAUCCAUAGAGAUUGUAUCAACUUCGAGUUGUUCAAUUUUAAUUUUAAUUUCUUCCUGUAUUAUUACUUGCUUCUUAUCGUCGACAGUUACGAUCAGAUUUUCCUUAUUUUCACAGUCCCCUUCAUCUUGUUCGAUAUUUUCUUCAUAUGUUAAGCAUCGAAUUAAACUGUUUGAUUUUUGUCGCUCUUCUUCUUCAGUUAUUAGAUAUUCUUUUGUCGUUGAAAC